AUGGCUGCAGCAUCAACCGAGCACCCCGUCCCCGAGACUCACCAGUUUCCCCUGCCAAAAGUCCUCCAGUACCCCGCCUCGACCCCUCCGUCGCUCAUUGCGCAAGGCGCGGAAGGCCGCCUCUACAAAACUACAUAUCUGGAUCCCCAUGUGCCCUGCGCGCUCAAGUACAGGCCUCCCAAGCUGUGGCGGCACCCCAAGCUGGAUCAGACCCUGACGAAGCACCGGAUCCUGUCCGAGGCGCGCAUCCUCGCCAAGUGCCGACGAGAAGGCCUCCGCGUCCCGGCCGUGUACGCCGUCGACGAGAGCGCCGGCUGGCUGAUGAUGGAGUGGAUUCACGGCGCGCCGGUCCGAGCCAGCAUCAACAAGUGGCUGGGGGAUAGAACAGACGGGCUGGAGGGCGACACGAGACUCAAGGACUUGAUGAGGCGGAUGGGCGUGGCCGUCGGGAGCCUGCACAAGAUUGGCAUCGUGCACGGCGACCUGACGACCAGCAACAUGAUGCUGAGACCGCCGACAGAGGGGUCGGACCAGCACGACGACCUCGGCGGAGAGGUUGUCAUAAUAGACCUGGGUCUGGCUAGCGGGGCGGUGCAUGAGGAAGAGCGGGCUGUGGACUUGUAUGUCCUGGAACGGGCGUUUGGGAGCACGCACCCAAGGGCCGAAUGCUUGUUUGGCGAGUUGCUUGAUGCGUACAAGGGGUGUUUCAAACAAGCAGUGACGGUGCUGAGGAAGUUGGAGGACGUCAGGAUGAGAGGCAGGAAGCGCAGCAUGCUCGGCUAG